CCGUGCACCUGUGUUCCAGAGCCCCCCCGGCACCACGGAUACACUAGCGCCCUCGCACACACUGUAGCUCCUUUAGUUUGUUUCGUUUCUCACGUGUGCUUUCCUAGACUGUGUAGACGUUUUAGAUUUUAAUAUUUCCAAAAGGUUGCCUGAGGUUCUGGUGUUAGAGAUUGCCGCGCUGAACCAAGAUGUCUGAAGAGGAACAGACCGUUGAGGCUGGCGGGGAGGAAGAAGCCCCAGCACAGGCCGCGGAAGAGUCUACAUCGGCGGAGCACCAUGAGGAGAGAUCCCAUGAGUUUGGAGGUGACCAAACUGAAAUCCAAGAGGGAGGAACACCUGUAAAUGCGGAUGAUGCCAAUGAAGCUAAGAGAGCCAUGGAGGAAGCCAAGAGAGCUCGCUUGGAAAAGCAAGCUGCUGACUUAGCUGAGUACGAGGAGAUGAGGAAGGCUGAGAAGGUCAAGGAAGAGGAGGAGAUCCGCAACCUUAGGGAGAAAAGAAUCCAGCGCCAGAAGGAAAGAGCUGAGGAAGAAAAGAGACUGGCUGAGUACAGAGCUCAGGAGGAGGUCAGGAGGAAGGCUGAUGAGGAAGAAAGAAGGAGGAAGAAGCAAGAUGAGGAGACCAGGGUGAAGGAUGAGCGUGAGAAGAAGAAGAAGGAGGCAGAGGAGAGGUUGAAGCCCAAGGGCCGCAACUUCAAGAUCUCCAAGAAGAGCGACUCGGAAAAGGGAGGAUCUGAUGGGUUGGAUUCUAUCAUGAGCAAAGAGGAGCUUCAGAAGUCUAAGGAACAGCUGGAAGAGGAGAAGCAAGCAAUCCUGGCUCAGCGCAUCCAGCCUCUCAGCAUUGAUGGAUUGGCAUCUGACAAGCUUAUUGAGAAAGCAAAGGAACUGAACGAUCACAUCAAGCGUCUUGAGGGUGACAAAUAUGACCUGGAACAACGCUUCAAGAGACAACAAUAUGAUAUGAUUGAGCUGGCUGAACGUGCCAGGCAAAUGAACAAAGGCAAGGCCAAACGUGGAGUCACCACUGUCCAAGUUGAUGAGUCCUUUGACCGUCUGGCUGAUAAAUUUACCAGUGCUCCACCCAAGAUUCAACUCUGCAGUAAGUAUGAGCGCCACACAGACCACAGAUCAUACAAGGAAAGAAUGGUUCUUUUCGAAGAUCUUGCCAAGGAGCCCCCACCCCCUGAAAUCAAGAGAGUCGGCAAGGUUACACCCUCUCCAGCUGCAGAGGAUGCAGAGUAGAGUGGAAGGACAUUUUUUUUUGGUUCUGGGGGUUUAUAGGAAAAUAUUCUCUUCAAAUUUUCUUUUGUACAAUAAAAUCUCUCAACGCCAAAUCCUGCAUAGAAUAGACUAACUCGUCUUGAACCCCCAAAUCACAAUCACCAAACAGCGAAUCAAAGCCAGCAUAAGAGCGUAAAAAUCAAUGGACAUUACCUUGGAUGGCGUUAAAAAAAUUUAUUCAAUGUAAAUUUUACAACUACUAUUUAAUUUUGCUUUUGUCUGCAAUAGUAGUAUAAUAUCAUGUCAUUUUUCAGUGUUUUUUUAAACCAAUAACAAAAUAGCUCUUGUAUCUACUCUUAAGAAACUCACAAAAUCCUACAGAAAUAUAUUUUAACAAUUUAUUUUUGCCUAAUCCACCUCAUUAGUUGAAACUGUUUAUUUAUGAUUUGAUAGUGAUGGUAAAUUGAUGCUAAGGAUAAAUGCAAUGAAAGAGAACAUCUGUGGAAUAAGCUUCAAUUUCAGUUUUAUUUUUAUUUUUUUAUUUUUUUUUGCAUUCAUCACAUCUCCGUAUUUGAAACGCCAGUCCAACUGUACACAACAGUCACGCAGUGAUGAAAAUUGUGCCCAACUUGUGAUAUGUCUCUAGUAUUGAACACGUCCCCAAGAGUUUGUUUCAAUUGAUUUGGGUGUUUUUUAAACAAAAAUAAAACAGCUCUUUUUUGUUUCGUUUGUUUGUUGUAAAUACGAAUUUUUUUUUUCCUGGCUUUCUUAUUUAUUUUCUUCACUUAACCUUUUUUUUUAUCAUAAAUAUUUGUGCAAUAAUAGAGCUUAACAGCCAUGCAUUUCAUAUCAUUUAACUUGAAUCACAGUUCAAUUUCAGGCAUUAAACAUGUCUUAAAGUCUUACAAAUAAAACACUUUUUAAUUUUGCAUUUUAGUGGUUAGCUAUUAUAAUAUAAGUAGCAACUACCAUCUGCAAACAAAUGCUCAAAAGAAAAAAAACACAACAUCAAAAGCCAGCCUUAACAAGAUCACAGAAAUCCAGCAGUUUCACCAAUAAAAUGCUAAUUAAAAAUUGUUUUUAGUCAAAUGUAAGCUAAAAAACAAAUCUUUACUAGGGAUGGAGACUUCCAUAAUCUCUUAGGCUACCUGUUGAUUGGGUUGAAAUUCAAGUUGAAUGAAGGAGAAAUGUGUGCAUGCUGACCACUUAAGUUGUUAAUUUAUUUGGUUUUUUUAUCACAUGACCCAUGUACAAAAGUGGAUACACUCAGUAGUCAACUGAAACUAGGUAAUAAUUUACAAGAAAAUAUUAAUUUCUUUUAAAAAUA